GCAUAUUCAUCCCUAACUAUGUUUGUUUUGUUUUUUCUUUACCAAUUAUCCUCCCACAAAAAAGGGAGAAAACGUACAAAUAAAUAAAGCAAGAAAAAAAUCCAAUUUUCUUACGGACUAGUUUAAUUUUAUAAUUUAAAAAUGAAAAAUAAAUCAAUAAAACCCCAGAUUUUCAUUUCAUCAUGAACAACGAAUUCAGAUCAACACUUUCUAAAAAUAGAAAGGAAGAUGUCAUUUUUGAGAAACAUUCUAAAACCCUCAAUCCUGAAAUCAAAAACCCACUUUCCAUUUCCAUCAUCAUCUUCAACACUCUACAAUUCUCUCUUCUCUGCUUCCCACCACUACUCCACCUCUGCAGAUGCUGGGAACACGAAGAUGUAUGCUGGGCUUGAACCCACUAAACCCAAUGAGAAACCCAGAGUGGUUGUGCUGGGCUCUGGAUGGGCCGGGUGUAGGCUCAUCAAGGAGAUUGAUACAAAGAUAUACGACAUCGUUUGUGUGUCACCGAGGAAUCAUAUGGUGUUUACUCCAUUGUUAGCGUCAACUUGUGUUGGAACUCUUGAGUUUCGGUCUGUUGCUGAACCUAUUGGGAGAAUUCAACCCGCGAUAAAUAGGGAACCUGGAUCUUACUAUUUUCUUGCCAAUUGCACUUCUGUUGAUACCGAUGAUCAUGUGGUACAUUGUCAAACUGUUACAGAUGGGGCGCAGUCAUUGGACCCGUGGAAGUUCAAAAUAUCAUAUGACAAAUUGGUUGUUGCAUCUGGGGCUGAAGCCUCAACAUUUGGAAUCCAUGGGGUGCACGAGCAUGCAAUUUUUCUCCGUGAAGUUCAUCAUGCUCAGGAGAUCCGUAGAAAAUUACUGUUGAAUCUGAUGUUAUCUGAUAUACCUGGUGUUUCCGAGGAGGAGAAAAAAAGACUCCUUCACUGUGUUGUUGUGGGUGGUGGUCCUACUGGUGUUGAGUUCAGUGGCGAGCUUAGUGAUUUCAUUAUGAAGGAUGUCCGCCAAAGAUAUUCACAUGUCAAAGAUUACAUCCAUGUCACCUUAAUUGAGGCAAAUGAAAUUCUAUCUUCCUUCGAUGACCGCCUCAGACACUAUGCUGCGAAACAGCUUACUAAGUCAGGAGUUCGACUAGUCCGUGGAAUUGUCAAAGACGUACAACCUGAUAAGAUAAUUCUUAGCGAUGGUUCAGAAGUUCCUUAUGGCCUUUUAGUAUGGUCUACAGGUGUUGGUCCUUCGCCGUUUGUGAAAAAACUUGAAUUGGAAAAGUCACCUGGUGGAAGGAUUGGUGUUGAUGAUUGGCUUCGCAUUCCUUCUGUUCAAGAUAUGUAUGCAAUUGGUGAUUGUGCAGGGUUUCUUGAAAGCACAGGAAAACCGGUUCUCCCUGCUUUGGCGCAGGUAGCCGAGCGGCAAGGAAAAUAUUUAGCCAAGUUUUUGAACAGGAUCGGUAAAGCUGGUGGAGGGCAUGCCAACAAUGCACUGGAUGUUGAUAUGGGGAAACCUUUUGUGUACAGACAUUUAGGAUCAAUGGCAACUAUUGGUAGAUACAAGGCACUUGUGGACCUUCGGCAGAGCAAGGAUGCAAAGGGCUUAUCACUGAAAGGUUUCCCUAGUUGGUUUAUCUGGCGAUCUGCAUAUCUUACUCGUGUUAUAAGUUGGAGGAAUCGAUUUUACGUGGCCAUAAACUGGUUGACUACUCUUCUUUUUGGUCGUGACAUAAGCCGAAUAUAGAAACUGCCACCUGCCACCUGCCACUGACUCUCAUAUUACACCCGGGUUUCAGACUUUCAGCAAUCGAUCAGCAGUGAAUACAGAAAUGCAAAACCAAAUAAAUACUGAAAAUUACUACCACUUUUUGGUUGUAUUUUUUGUUAGUGUUCAGCUUUAAAUUUCCACUUAUAGACUGACAAUAAUGAAGAGCAACUGAGGAAGGAUAGACAUGGUUUCUGUAUGUAGUUAAGUUAAUACUCUGAUUUUUGGUGUAAUUGUAAAUUUCUUCACAUUUUUUCCAUUGGAUUUUAGGAAGAUGCACAAAAGCUUUAGUUCAAGGUUUUAAAUGUUUGAAAUCAGCUUUUUCAUUUUUAGCUUCA